AUGUCCUACCCGCAGGGCUACUUGUACCAGCCGUCCGCCUCGCUGGCGCUCUACUCGUGCCCCGCGUACAGCGCCGGCGUCCUGUCGGGGCCCCGCACGGAUGAGCUGGGCCGCUCGUCGUCGGGCUCCGCGUUCUCGCCCUACGCCGGCUCCACGGCGUUCUCGGCGCCCUCGCCGGGCUACAGCUCGCACCUCCAGUACGGCGCCGCCGACCCCGCCGCGGCCGCCGCCGCCGCCUUCUCCUCCUACGUGGGCUCUCCCUACGACCACGCGCCGGGCAUGGCGGGCUCCUUGGGGUACCACCCCUACGCCGCGCCCCUGGGCUCCUACCCGUACGGGGACCCCGCGUACCGCAAGAACGCCACGCGGGACGCCACGGCCACGCUCAAGGCCUGGCUCAACGAGCACCGCAAGAACCCCUACCCCACCAAGGGCGAGAAGAUCAUGCUGGCCAUCAUCACCAAGAUGACGCUCACCCAGGUGUCCACCUGGUUCGCCAACGCGCGCCGGCGCCUCAAGAAGGAGAACAAGAUGACGUGGACGCCGCGGAACCGGAGCGAGGACGAGGAGGAGGAGGAGAACAUAGACCUGGAGAAGAACGACGAGGACGAGCCGCAGAAGCCUGAGGACCGGGGCGACCCCGCGGGCCCCGAGGCAGGAGGAGCGGAGCCGAAGGCGGCGGCCGCGGGCUGCGAGCGGCUGCAGGGCCCGGCCAGCCCCGCCGGCCAGGAGACCACCGAGGGCAGCCUCAGCGACUCGGAUUUUAAGGAGCUGCCCUCCGAGGGCCGCCUGGACGCGCUGCCCGGGCCCCCGCGCCCCGGCGGGCCCUCCGCCGAGGACCAGGGUCCCCACUAUCCUCCGGGCGCCCCGGCCGCAGGCGCGCACCCAGCCGCCGGGGAACUGCCGCCCGGGCCCUCGGUCAUCCACUCGCCGCCGCCGCCGCCCCCGCCGCCCCAGGCGGUGCUCGCCAAGCCCAAACUGUGGUCCCUGGCGGAGAUCGCGACCUCCUCGGACAAGGUCAAGGACGGGGGCGGCGGCGGGGGCGAGAGCUCUCCGUGCCCACCGUGCGCCGGGCCCAUCGCCGCCGCCAGCCGCGCCUCGCCAGCCCCGGCGCCCCCGGCGCGCUCGCCCUCGGCGGCGCAGUGCCCCUUCCCGGGCGGGACGGUGCUGUCCCGGCCCCUGUACUACACGGCGGCGCCCUUCUACCCCGGCUACACGAACUAUGGCUCCUUCGGACACCUCCACCACCACGGCCACCACCCUGGGCCCGGGCCAGGCCCCGCGACCACCACCGGCCCGGGCUCGCCUUUCAAUGGAUUAAACCAGGCGGUGUUGAAUCGGGCGGACGCUUUGGCUAAAGAUCCGAAAAUAUUGCUGCGGAGCCAGUCCCAGCUAGACCUGAGCAAAGACUCUCCCUAUGAACUGAAGAAAGAUGGUGGAGGUUCCAUCAGCCUGGGUCCCAGACUGAGGACAACGUGGAGCCGAGAGCCCUGCUGA